AUGUUGCCCAGUUGGGCAUUCCUACAACACUGGUGUGAACGUGUGGUGGAAGACAGAGUGGAGUUGGUUCUGUCCCCACGGCUGCAGCUGGAAGUGGGCUGCUCUGACGUGUACCAGUACAACACCCAGGGAUGGAGGCUGGAUGUGGACAGGAUGCGCACCGUGCAUGGAGGGGACGACGGAAUCGCUCAAUAUUACAAACAGCAGGGACAGACGGCGUCCUGCUUUCUGUACAAACCGCCGGAGAUGGAGAACCAAGCCGUGAAUAAGACAGAGAGGACCUGCUGUGAGGGAUGGGGAGGACCUCACUGCUCUCAGGGUGUUGGGGCGCGUGGUCAGUGCUAUUCCACGUGGAACUGUGAGAAAUUCCCAGGAGUUCAUAACUCCUCGCUCAUGCCGAUGCAGCAAUGCUGCAACACCCUGUGGGGACUGAGCUGGAAGAACGCCUCGGACCAAACCUGUUUGACUUGCACCUACACUCUGCUGCCAGACUCCCAGUCUUCUCCUCUGGUGCGGAGUGGACUGCUGGGUACCGCCAGGGUUCCUCUGGGCUCGGCCACAUGCAUGUCCUGGGGAGGGGCCCACUAUCGCACUUUUGACAGGAAGCACUUCCACUUCCAGGGAAGCUGUAUGUACCUGCUGGCCUCGUCUACCGAUGGCACCUGGGCAGUCUACAUCAGUACAAUCUGUGACCAGAGAGGCAACUGUAACAAGGCGUUGAGGAUGAUGCUGGGUCUGGAUUUGGUUUCUAUUCAUCAUAAAAAUGUAACACUGAACAGCCUGCCUGUUCCAAAUGGGGAGCCACUAUUUCAAAACGGAGUGAGCGUCUAUUGGCUUGGGGACUAUGUGUUUGUGGAGAGUGGGGUGGGGGUCAGGGUGAAGUUCGACAUGGUCAACACGGUGUAUGUGACGGUGACCUCUGAGCAGCUGGGAACCACCAGGGGACUCUGUGGAGUCUUUAACAACAACGCUGAUGAUGAUUUCACCACGAUGACUGGAGCCGUUUCUUCAUACGCUGCCAGUUUUGGCAACUCGUGGAAAAUUCCAGACCAGCACAACGAGGACUGCAGUGACGCAGCUGAGCUCGGCCACAGCUGUGAUGUCACAGGAGAUCCCGCUCUACGCCUGCGGGCAGAAGCAGUGUGUCAUCAGCUGCUGGAGAAACCAUUCACACACUGCCACAGCCAGGUGGAUCCAGGAGCCUACAUGGACACCUGUCAGUAUCUGUACUGCAGCCUCCCACCCAAAGAGAGGCAGGAUGCAGUGUGUGACACGCUGGCCAGCUACAGCAGGGAGUGUGCUGAACAACACGUCAUCAUAAUGUGGAGGACCGCAGCACUAUGUGGUCGUGUCUGCCCCAGCGGACAGGUCUUUUCAGACUGCGUGUCCUCCUGUCCUCCAAGUUGCUCUACACCUCGCCCCCCAGGGCCUGCUGCAGCCGUGGGUCAGUGCAGAGAGGAGUGUGUGGGGGGCUGCGAGUGUCCUCCUGAUCGCUACCUUUACCAGGGUCUCUGCUUGAACAGAGAAGACUGUCCCUGUUUCCACCGCAGGCACAUCUACCAGCCUGGGGACAGGAUACAGAUGAGAUGCAACACCUGUGUGUGCAGGGCAGGUCAGUGGGCGUGUACAAGAGAGAAGUGUGCUGGCCAGUGCACCCUGAUGGGGGCAUUGCAGGUGACCACAUUCGACAAAAAACGGUAUGCACUGCCUGGUGGAGACUGUGCUUUCAUCGUUGUGGAGGACUUUGUGGACAGGAAGUUGGCGGUGGCAGUGCGUUGUGGAGAGUGUGCAGCUGGGGAUGGGGCAGGGGGAGGAGAAACGGGGUGUUUAAAGGAGAUAACAGUGACGGCUCUGCACACAACAAUCACCGUUACACACACUGGCACCGUGACUCUGAAUGGCCAACGGGAGAUGAUGCCUGUGGUGACUGGAGACCUGGUGUUGCGCAAGGCCUCCUCUUCAUUCAUCGUCAUCCAGACCUUUGGAGCCCAACUUCUAUGGUACUUAGAUGGAUCCUUUACCCUCCUCAGCCUACAGCCUGGUUUUGCCAACAAGGUGCGUGGUCUAUGUGGAACUCUGACUUGGAACCAGCAUGAUGACUUUACCACGCCAGAGGGAGAUGUGGAGAACAAUGUUUUAUCCUUCGCAGAGAAAUUCACAAGUGAGCCCUGCACCCUGCCUGGAGGAACUCCAGCUGAUCCCUGCUCCACAUACACCCAGAGCAGAAUCUACGCCCAAACAGUGUGUGCCGUCAUACAUAGUCCAGUCUUUCAGGUGUGUCAUGACGUAGUGGACAGGGAGCCAUAUUUCCGUCUCUGCCUGUCGGAGGUGUGUGGUUGUGUUCCACAGAGGACAUCAUGUCACUGCACCGUCCUCACUGCCUACGGCCGACACUGCGCUCAGGAGGGCGUCACAGUCCAGUGGCGCAACCAAACACUCUGCCCGGUCCAGUGCACAGGGGGCCAGGCGUACCAGGAGUGCGGUCGUGCCUGCGGUGGCUCCUGCUCAGACCAGCGUCAGGGCUGGAGCUGUGACGAGUUCAGCUCUGAAUCGGGACGCAGCGUGUGUGUUCCAGGUUGUCAGUGUCCAGGGGGACUUGUGCAGGACCAGCAAGGCCAGUGUGUGCCUGUCUCUCUGUGCCCCUGCAUGGAAGGCGACAAGGUGUAUCCAGCAGGCACUGUGGUCCAGAAAGGCUGCAACACUUGCGUGUGUGAGCAGGGAGUGUUUAACUGCACCCAGGAGCUCUGUGAGGAGGUACAACAGUGCCCCCGCUCUCUGGUCUACUCUCCACGCUCCUGCCUCCUGACCUGCUCUAGUCUGGAGCCUCCUGGCCAUCAGCCUGUGUCCAGCGUCUCACAGUCCAGCUGCAGGGAGCCGCUGUCUGGCUGCGUCUGUCCUCAGGGAACUGUCUCUCUAGAGGAUCGCUGUGUUCCGCCAGAGGAGUGUCCAUGUCACCAUAAUGGUCAACUCUAUUACGCCAAUGACACCAUCACUAAAGACUGCAACACAUGUGUGUGUAAGGAGCGGCGCUGGCACUGCACCCAGAACGUCUGUGCCGGUGUGUGCGUUGCCACCGGAGAUCCACACUACGUGACAUUUGACGGCCGCUGCUACUCGUUCCUGGGUGACUGCCAGUACGUGCUGGCCCGGGAAAACAGCGGCUUGUUCAGCGUGACGGCGGAGAACGUGCCGUGUGGCAGCACCGGCGUCACCUGCACCAAGUCUGUCACCCUCAGCCUCGGAAACACGAUCAUACACCUGCUGAGAGGUAAAGCAGUGACGGUGAACGGAAUGCCUGUUUCCUUACCAAAGUCCUACAGCGGCAGUGGUCUGGCUCUGGAGAGAGCAGGCAUAUUUGUCGCUCUCUCUUCCCAGCUAGGAAUCACCUUGCUCUGGGAUGGAGGUAUGCGUGUGUAUGUGCGCUUGGCGCCCCACCUGCGGGGUCAGGUGGAAGGGUUGUGUGGGAACUUUGACGGAGACACGGAGAACGACUUCACAACACGGCAAGGAAUCACGGAGUCCACGCCGGAGCUGUUUGGAAAUUCAUGGAAGGUCAGCCCUUCCUGCCCCGACGUGGAAAACCAGGACCUCAGAGAUCCCUGCACUCUGAAUCCCCACAGAGUGACCUGGGCCAGGAAGAGGUGUGCAGUGCUGACUCAGGAGCUGUUUUCACGCUGCCAUGCUGAGGUUUCCUUCCAGCAGUAUUAUGACUGGUGUGUCUUUGAUGCUUGUGGCUGUGACUCCGGUGGGGACUGUGAAUGUCUCUGCACAGCUGUUGCUUCAUAUGCAGAGGAGUGCAACCGGAGAGGAGUCUACAUCCGCUGGAGGUCUCAGGAUCUCUGCCCUCUUCAGUGUGAUAAAGGGCAGCUCUACGAUCCGUGCGGUCCAGCCUGCACUCCGUCCUGCCCCGGUGUCCAGCAGAGUCCACACUCUCAGUGUGGGGUGCUGUCCUGUGUGGAGGGCUGCUUCUGCCCUGCUGGCACAGUCAGACACGGUGACAGCUGUAUAGAACCCACCCAGUGUCCCUGUGAAUGGGAAGGCUCCAUGUUUCCACCUGGAAGUGCCAUCACCAAUCACUGUCAGAACUGUUCCUGUGAAGAGGGCGUGUGGCGCUGUGAGGGCGUGUCUUGCCCUCCUCCCCCGCCUCCUUGCCUGGAGUCAGAGUUUUCCUGUGCCAGCGGACGCUGCAUCUCCUCUCAGUGGGUGUGCGACAACGAGGACGACUGUGGAGACGGUUCGGAUGAGGUCUGUCCAUCCACCUACUGCGGUGUGGUCUGUGAUGAAGGGGAGUUCCUGUGUCCAGGAGGACGCUGCAUCCUCUACAUCCACCGCUGUGACGGCCAUGAUGACUGUGGAGACCUCAGUGAUGAAAGGGGGUGUGUGUGCUCACCAGGAGAGUUUCAGUGUCCCGACGAUCGGUGUGUCCCUGCACACACACUCUGUGAUGGACACAGAGACUGUCCUUCAGGAACAGAUGAAGCUGUCUGCCCAAGUAAAGUGACCUGUGCUCCCCAUCAGUUUGCCUGCAGCGAUGGCUCAUGCGUUGCCAAAACGAAGCUGUGCGAUGGAACAGCGGACUGUCCGGGCCGAGACGACGAGAACAGAACCAGCUGCUACUCUGGAAUCACUCCGUCACCUGUCACGCCAUCUUCAGUUUGUAGGUCCUAUGAGUUGGGGUGUGCCAGCGGGGGGCAGUGUGUGCCUCAGGCGUGGCGUUGUGACGGGGAAACGGACUGCUUGGACGGCAGUGACGAGCAGCAGUGUGCUGCUCCCUGUGGACCGGGCCAGGCGCUCUGCCUCAGUGGGGACCAGUGCGUGGAUUACCAGCAGCUCUGUGACGGAACCCCCCACUGCAGAGACUCAUCUGAUGAGAGCAUCAACACCUGCGGCUCGGUUCGGAUACCAUCCUGUCCAGGAAGCUUCCCGUGUGACAACCGCACCUGUGUGAACGUGACCCAAGUCUGUAAUGGCGUCCCAGACUGCCCACGUGGCGACGAUGAGUUGGUGUGUGAUCAAACCGUUUCAGCAGCGCCCCCUAGCAGUCGAAACGUCUCUGCGCCCUGCUCUGAGUUCACCUGUAUGGAUGGAAGCUGUUUACCAUUUAACAGGGUGUGUAAUGGUGUAGCAGAGUGUCUUGACUCUUCACUAACCCCAUCUGGAGGGCCCACAGAUGAGCACGGAUGUAGGACUUGGGGCUCUUGGGGCCCCUGGAGCUCCUGCAGCGCCUCCUGUGGCUCAGGUACCAUGAGCCGGCGGAGAUCCUGCCCCCCUGGUGAACCACUUCACCGCUGCCUGGGCCAACACACGCAGAAGCAGCAAUGCUUCAACACCACCUGCCCCGUGGACGGUCAGUGGUUGCCAUGGAGCAGCUGGUCCAGCUGUUCCAGUGGUUGCGGUGGGGUGCAGGUGAGGGACAGAGACUGCAGUCCUCCUCGCUAUGGAGGUCGGCACUGUUCCCAGCUCCCCGGACCUUCUAACAUCUCCACGGAGAUCAAACCAUGUCCUGAUGAUGGCUGCACUAACACCAGCUGUCCUCCUGGCCUGGUGAGGCGCCGCUGUGCUCCAUGUCCCUUCUCCUGCGCUCACAUCAGCAGUGGGUCGACCUGUGACCCUGCGACGCCCUGCUUCUCUGGCUGUUGGUGCCCCGAAGGCCAAGUGAUGAGCCACACACAGCAGUGUGUGUCACCCGGAGAGUGUGUGUGUGAGGUGGCCGGUGUUCGCUACUGGCCGGGUCAGCAGAUGAAAGUGGACUGUGACCUCUGUGUGUGUGAGAAGGGAAGGCCUCAGAGGUGUCGGCCCAACCCAGACUGCUCAGUGCACUGCGGCUGGUCAUCAUGGUCUGAGUGGGGAGAGUGUUUGGGCCCCUGUGGGGUCCAGAGUGUCCAGUGGUCAUUCCGGAGCCCCAAUAAUCCAACCAAGCAUGGGGAUGGGAGGAUGUGCAGAGGGAUUUACAAAAAGGCUCGCCGGUGUCAGACAGAACCAUGUGAUCAGUGUCGCCAUCAGAGUCGAUCCCAUGUAGUUGGAGAAAGAUGGAAGGUGGAGCCCUGCCAGUUAUGCCACUGUCUUCCCAACCUCACUGUGCAGUGCGCCCCCUACUGUCCAUACGCAGUCACUGGGUGCCCUAUGGGUCUAAAGCUCAUCAAUGGAGAGGGGAACAGGUGCUGCUACUGCCAAGGGGAAAAUGGGACAGCGAUGGUAACAGAAACCCCUGGCGUUAUGACAUCCAAACCCAGGGAUGUUACUCCCGUAGUACCUACAUAUCCAUUUCCACCUGGAGAUGAGUGUUGGGUUCCUCUGGGUGUCCAGACCCUCCCAGUGUCUAGUUUCACUGCCUCGUCGCACCAGGACGGCCACCCACCCGAAGCAGCACGUCUUCAUGGGUGGGACCCCCGUAGAGAUCUCCAGGGCUGGAGUCCAGAGCCAGAGGAGUAUAAAGACCUGCCACAAAAGAGACGUGAAGGACAGAGUGUCAACACCCAAAGCCCCUACAUACAGAUCGACUUACUCAAACCAUACAACAUUACUGGUGUGCUGACCCAGGGAGGUGGGGUGUUCGGCACGUUCGUGUCCAGCUUCUAUCUCGAGUUCAGCCAUGAUGGAAAACGUUGGUACACUUACAAGGAGCUUCCUUCUGAUGCGCCACCUAGAGCCAAGGUUUUUCUGGGUAACCAUGAUGAUCGAGGCGUGAUGGAGAGUAGACUGGAAAGGAUAGUGUCGGCUCGGUUUGUUCGACUGUUCCCUCAUGACUUUCAGAACAGCAUCUACCUUCGGCUGGAGAUCAUGGGCUGUGGUGAUGGUUACCCCAGGUUAACUUUCCCAACCCCUCCUUCACCGGUCACUCUGGGUGAAGGCUGCAGAGAGAGAGAAUUCCAGUGUGACAACGGUCACUGUGUGCCGGCCGGCUCUCUGGGAGUUGUCUGUGACGGAGUCAAUGACUGUGGGGACGGAUCAGAUGAGAAGUACUGCGGCACCCAACCUUCCUCCACAACCACCGCUCCACGCAGCUGUCCCAUUGGUCACUUCUCUUGCCCGCCACCAGGGGGUUGCAUUGAGGCAGACAGGCGUUGUGAUGGUAUCCCUGACUGUCCUAAAGGAGAGGAUGAAAAUGGAUGCCACCGACAUGACAUCACUACACAGUCAGACAGGCCACACACACCCACCCCUUCUCCUCUGAAGACCCCAUCAAUGGCUGCUGUUACUCUCUCUACUGCAACACCGACAGACGGCGGUCCAGGAUACCACGGCCUUUGCUCCUCUGCUCUUGGACUGGAGGAUGGCAGGAUUCACUACGGCCAGCUGUCCUCAUCCUCACAGCGUGAGAACAACCCCGCUGACGCCGGGAGACUAAACAUCGUCCCCAACAUUCCAGUUAUGGAGCCUGGCUGGAGCCCCCUACCUGGGGACCCCCAGCCAUAUUUUCAGGUGGAUUUCCUGGAGCCCACUUGGGUGUCAGGAGUGGUGACACAGGGAAAUGAGCGCAUGUGGGGUUACCUCACCAAAUAUCGCCUGGCCUUUGCCCCCCAGAGCGCCCUCUUCUCAGAUUUCACAGCAAAUGGAAAGUUUGACGGCCCUGCCAAGGUGUUUGAGGUUCGGAUGGUGGGCAGGACCCCCGUGACCCGCUGGUUGGGUCGGUUGGUAAGAGCUCGGUACAUCAGAAUCAUCCCUGUGGAGUUCAGGCAAACAUUCUACCUUCGUGUGGAGAUUCUUGGCUGCAGAGGAGAUGAGUAUGUGACCACAUCGCCCUCUGCGGUUGGCACAGUGACAGUGCAGCGCUGCAAACCAGGCCAGUUUCUUUGCCACCGCAGUGAGGAGUGCAUCCCUGUGUCUUUGCUUUGUGACGGUCAGCCAAACUGUAAGGACUACUCUGAUGAGACAAACUGUGGAACUGCUCCCACCAGAGGCUUUCCAGGCCUCCGCAAUCAGACCACCUACACUGGAAGACCUGGUAUCCAUGGUGACAACACAACAGGCGCCCCUGGGCUACACACUACCAAGUCUGAAGAUGGCUUUCCUGGUGUGGCAUCACCUGCAGUCACUCCCAGAUCUCAGCCGCUGAGUUCAGGAGUCACAACAGGCCAACCUGGACUCCAUCUUCCUUCCUCAGUGCAGCCUGGCAGACCCGGUCUUCAAACCACAGAAGCGCCAUCAGUCAUCACAAGCACACCAGAUACCGGUUUGCCCAGAGUGUUUUGCAUGGAGGGCCAGUUCACAUGCUGGUCAUUUGGCUGUGUGGACUCUGCACGAGUGUGUGACGGAAGGAAGGAUUGCUUAGAUGGUUCAGAUGAAGAACGUUGUGGCACAACCACCAGCCCAGCAGUAACUCCAUGGCGCCCCCUGGUGCCCAGACCCUGCUCCCCAAAGCAGUUCUCUUGUGACACCGGCGAGUGUGUUCACAAGGAUCGCAGGUGUGACCUGCAGAGGGACUGUAUCGAUGGAUCGGAUGAAAAAGACUGUGUGGACUGCAUAAUGUCCCCAUGGACAGCCUGGAGUGGCUGCAGUGUAACGUGUGGUCUCGGCUCCUUGUUUCGGCAGAGGGACAUUCUAAGAGACGCCCUGCCUGGAGGAUCCUGUGGUGGAGCUCAGUUUGACAGUCGAGCCUGCUUUACUCGAGCAUGUCCAGUUCAUGGUCACUGGUCGGCAUGGACAGAGUGGUCAGAGUGUGAUGCUCUGUGUGGAGGAGGAGUUAGACAGAGGAGCAGAACCUGUUCAGCUCCUCCUCCUAAAAAUGGAGGGCGGGAAUGUGAGGGCAUGACCCGACAGAGCCAGACCUGCAACAUCCAACCCUGCACCAACGAGACAGGCACACAGACAGGCUGCAUCAGCGGCAUGGUGCUGGUGAAAGAGGAAGAUUGCCGUGCUGGACAGGUUGAUCCCUGUCCUCCUACCUGCUCAGAUCUGAGCAUGACCAGCAACUGCUCUGCAACAUGUAUCAUCGGCUGCCGCUGUCCCUACGGGCUGUACCUUCAGGACGGCCGAUGUGUGAACUCCAGCCAGUGCGUCUGUCACUGGGAUGACGAAACCCUGCAGCCUGGCCAGGUGAUCAGCAGAGAUCAGUGCACCACGUGUAUGUGCCGAGAAGGGCAGGUCACCUGUGACACUUCUAGAUGUCUGGAGACCUGUCAGUGGUCCGCCUGGUCUGCAUGGUCUCCAUGUGAUGUGACGUGUGGUGUGGGGUUGCAGCAACGCUACAGGUCUGAGCUGACAGCAGCUGGACCAAUCAGAGCACAGCCCUGUUCGGGAGACGCCUCUGAGUCCCGACGCUGUUCCAUCCCAUGUCUCCCUGUACUACCAGGUGGCACAUGGAGUAAAUGGACCAGCUGGUCAGAGUGCACUAAGACAUGUUUCAGUGACGUGGAUGAUGUGGGAAUCAGACGCCGAUUUCGCAGCUGCAGCCAAACACUCUCGGCUUUCAACCACACACACACGCGACCUGUGUGUGAUGGAGAUGAUGAGGAGCAUGAGCCCUGCAACACUGAGCACUGUCCAGUGCAUGGAGGCUGGUCGCUCUGGUCCCGCUGGUCUCCGUGUUCGUCUGAUUGUGACUCUGGCGUCCAGACGAGGGAAAGGCUCUGCAGUUCACCGACGCCACAGCAUAGGGGCAGUAACUGCUCUGGGCCUCACAUACAAACAAAAGACUGUAACUCCCAUCCCUGUUCAGGUGUGUGUCCAGAGGGCAUGACGUACAUGACAGCAGCGGAGUGUGAGGCUCAGGGCGGGGCAUGUCCGAGGGUGUGCAUGGACAUGACCUCCGCAGACGUUCAGUGCGCCACCUCCUGUUUCCACGGCUGCUACUGCGCCCCGGGGUUCUACCUGUUCAACAGCAGCUGUGUUCCUCUGGCGCAGUGCCCCUGUUACCACCAGGGGGAGAUGCACCCAGCGGGAGCCACCCUGCCUGCUGAUGCCUGUAACAACUGCACCUGCACAGAUGGAGAAAUGGAGUGUGGAACAACUCCAUGCCCAGUGGACUGUGGUUGGAGCAGCUGGACGCAGUGGAGCGCAUGCACUCGGACGUGCGAUGUGGGUAUCAGACGGCGGUACCGCUCAGGAACCGAUCCUCCUCCAGCCUUUGGAGGUCGUCCCUGCAAAGGAGAGAGAGUUGGAGUCGAUACCUGCAGCGUCGAGCCCUGCCUGGGUAUCAGAGAACCGUGGAGCUCGUGGUCGGAGUGCUCUGUGACGUGUGGAGAAGGUUACCGGACCCGGACCCGCGGGCCAAUCAGGACCCACGGCACAGCCCAGCAGUUCAGCGCCUGUAACCUGCAGUCGUGUGGUGGGGGCAGGACUUGUCCUCCAGGCCAGCAGUGGACACAGUGUGUGGUGGGACCUGUGACCUGUACUGACCUCACUCUGAACCUGAGCAGGAACUGCACUCCAGGCUGCCAGUGUCCACAUGGGGCUGUCCUGCAGGACGGUAAGUGUGUGCUUCAGUCAGACUGUCCCUGUGAUGCCGAUAGAGAGCCAUACAUACCUGGAGACACUGUGCCCAACAAAUGCAAGAACUGUACCUGUGAAAGAGGAAGGCUCGUAAACUGCUCUCGGGUCAGCUGCAACGUGGACGGCCAGUGGUCAUCAUGGACUCCCUGGAGUCGGUGCUCAGUGUUGUGUGGAGCGGGUCUCCAGUCUCGGUACCGGUUCUGCUCCAGUCCACAGCGGUCAGGCAGUGGACUCCCGUGUCUUGGUCCUCACCGCGAGGAUCAAGUCUGCAUCGUCCCCCCGUGUGACCUUGACGGGGCUUGGAGUCGGUGGAGUGACUGGACUGACUGCUCCAAGUCGUGCGGUGGAGGCAUCCAGAGUCGGAGGAGACUCUGUGACUCCCCCAGUCCUGAGGGGGCCGGGAACUACUGCGAGGGUCUGGGAACAGAAGUCAGAGCCUGUAACACCGACCACUGUCCAGUGCCGCCUUGCUCCAAGGUCCCAGGAACGGUUUUCAGCAGCUGUGGGCCGUCCUGCCCUCGAUCCUGUGACGACCUGUCACACUGUGAGUGGCACUGUGAGCCGGGAUGCUACUGCACCGAGGGGAAGGUCCUCUCAGCCAAUGGGACGGUCUGCAUAGCAAGGAACAGCUGUCCCUGCUUGGACAUAAACACUGGGCUUCGUGUGGAGCCAGAAGAGUCCACUGAGGCCCCUGAUGGCUGCAACAACUGCACAUGUCAGGGUGGCAAGUUCAACUGCACCAGAGAGCUGUGUCCAGUGUCGGGCGGGUGGUGUGAGUGGUCAGAGUGGACUCCCUGCUCCAGAACCUGUGGGGCAGAGUCGGUGUCCCGUUACAGGAGCUGCAGCUGUCCUGAGCCUAAAGCUGGGGGAGACCCCUGUCCUGGACAACAGGAAACGCACAACAGGAUCGGAGCGCAAAUACAGAGACGGCCCUGCCCUGUUGUCACGUUCUGCCCAAUUCAUGGUUCCUGGAGUUCCUGGUCUGCCUGGUCAGAAUGUGAUGAGUGCGCCGGCUCGUCCAUUCGUACCAGACAGUGUAACAGUCCCCCUGCCAGGUUUGGUGGCCUCCCCUGUCUGGGCGAGAGCCGGCAGAGCCGCAGAUGUCACGACAACUCCACUGUCUGCUCAGACUGUGGUGGUGGUCAGGAGGAAUGGCCGUGUGGGAAGCCUUGCGCUCGCUCCUGUUCAGAUCUCCACGAUGACACGGACUGCUUGGACUCCCCCCGGUGCAUGCGGACCUGCGGUUGUCCAGGCGACAUGCUGCUGCAGGAUGAAGUGUGCGUGGAGAGACAGGAGUGCCGCUGCAAAUACCACAAUGGCUCAGCUGCUGAUGGUUUGGGUUCCAGGAAUGCGUCAUGGGUGUGGCCUGGUGGAUAUGACUGGCAGUUUGCAAAUCCAGGGGAUAUCAUCAUCAGUAACUGUAAAAACUGCUCGUGUGAGGGUGGCGUUUUGCAGUGCCAGUCUGUCCCCGGUUGCCAUGUGGAUGGGGGCUGGGGCCAAUGGGGAGCCUGGACCGAGUGCUCCCUUCCUUGUGGCGGAGGCGUGACGUUCAGGAGGCGUCUCUGCGACAACCCGGCCCCUCAGGCCGGCGGCAGAGGCUGCCUGGGUGCAGCGGAGCAGAAGAAGGACUGCAACAUGCAAAUGUGCACAGACUCGGUGGGCCCUUGGCUGCUCUGGUCUCAGUGGUCUUCUUGCUCGGUGAGCUGCGGCGGAGGGCAGCAGUCCCGUUCUCGUACCUGCACCUCUCCACCUUGCCAUGGCGUCAGUCGCCAAAGCAAAAUGUGCAACACACAAGUCUGCCUCGAUGUGGGCUGCCCCCCCGGUAAGCUGUACAGGGAGUGUGAGCGUGGAGAGGGCUGUCCCUUCAGUUGCGCUCAGGUCAGUGGCAGAGAGGGCUGCUACUCUGACAGCUGUGAGGAAGGCUGUCACUGCCCCCCGCACACCUACCAGCACCGUGGAACGUGUACACCGGAGUGUCCUUGUCUGGUGGAUGGAGAGUUCCUGGCCCACCUGCAGAGCGUGUCUGUCACACCCGUAUCAUCUCUGCUGUCCAACAACGUCUCAGAAGGGAUGGAGCUCAUGUCUGGAGAUGCACUGACGCAUGACUGCAGCACCUGCUGCUGUGAGCAUGGCAGGUGGAACUGUUCCCUGGAGCUCUGCCCCAUCGACGGCGGGUUGUCACCCUGGGGCCUCUGGAGCCCCUGCUCGCUUUCCUGUGGAGGUCUGGGAGUGAAAACUCGGUCCAGGACCUGCACAAAGCCGGCCCCAGCCCACGGUGGGAGAGACUGUCAGGGGCCCCGCCAGGAGACCACCUAUUGCCAGGCCCCUGACUGUCCAGCUCCUGUUGUUCCAACAGUGGAACCAACUAUUCCAGAGGAGGAUUCUGGCUUCUCUUCAUGGUCGCUGUGGAGCUCCUGCACCAAAACCUGCACCGACGUUCAGACCCCUGCUGUAAAGUCUCGUCAUCGACUGUGUGCCAAACCUCCCUGCUCUGGAAGCGCUCACCAGGAGAAGGCGUGCAACCUGCCCCAGUGUCCAGGUGAGGUGUGUGUAGGAGCCACCUGCCCUCCAAGGAACUGCUCCUGGAUGGAGUGGGGGUUGUGGGGGUCCUGCUCUCGGUCCUGUGGGGUGGGUCACCAGCAGAGGAUCCGAACCUUCCUCCAGCCUGCUGGUAACGGUUCCUGGUGUGAGGACAUUGUUGGAGGGAACCUGGAGCAUCGCUUCUGUAACAUCCGGCCCUGCAGAGUGGACGGAGGCUGGUCCAGGUGGAGUCCCUGGUCCCGCUGUGACCAGCGCUGCGGCGGUGGUCGCUCCAUCCGCACCCGCUCCUGCUCCAGCCCCCCGCCCAAGAACGGGGGAAAGAAGUGCGUGGGGGAGAAGAACCAGGUCAAGCCGUGCAACACCAAACCUUGUGAUGAUGGAGGCUGUUCGACGGGCCAGGAGUUUGUGUCGUGUGCCAACCAGUGUCCUCAGCGCUGCUCAGAUCUCCAGCAGGGCAUCGACUGCCAGGGCAACGCCGAAUGUCAGCCCGGCUGCCGCUGCCCUCAAGGUCGGUUGCAGCAGGACGGUGUGUGUGUGGAGCUGUGGCAGUGCGACUGCGUGGACUCGCUGGGCGACGUGUGGGCGGCCAGCAGCUGGCACCGGGUGAACUGCAACAACUGCAGCUGCUCCGACGGCCGGCUGCUCUGCACCAAUCACAGCUGCCUGCCUGCCUGCGCGUGGAGCUCGUGGUCCAGCUGGGCAGCCUGCAGCACUUCCUGUGGGCGGGGCCUGAGAACCAGAUACAGAUCCCGGGUCCCGGAGACCGAAGGAGCAGACUGCAACUUUGAGGAGGUUCAGCACAAACCGUGCAACCCUGGACCCUGCCCCCCUCUCUGCCUUCAUGGUGAAGAGGAACUGAGAGUGGGAGACACCUGGCUGCAGGGAGAGUGUCAGCAAUGCAUUUGUACCCCAGAGGGAAUCUACUGCCAAGACAUCGACUGCAGAGUUGACGGUGCCUGGACGCCCUGGUCAGUGUGGUCUGACUGCUCAGUGACCUGCAGCCAAGGGACGCGGGUCAGAACCCGAGCCUGCAUCAACCCCCCGCCACGAAACAACGGCUCUCACUGCAGCGGAGCGGCCAGAGAAACGCAGCACUGCCAGACGCCGCCGUGUCUGGAUGACCUUUGUCCAUGGUCGCCAUGGUCACCGUGCUCCCGGAGCUGCGGCGCCGGGUCGGUGUGGCGACGCAGGGCGUGUGUGUGUGACGAGGGAGGGGACGCGGCGUGCCCCCCUGAGGCCGAGGCAGUGAGGAACAGAGAGGAGACCCAGCUGUGUUACCAGCGACCGUGUCCCGAAUGUCCCAUGUCCGCGUGGAGCGUUUGGUCUCACUGCUCGUGUGAGUCUCAGAGGCAGCAGCGAUAUCGCGUAGCGCUCACCUCGGCCACCGGGGGGCAGCAGUGCACUCCUGUAGAAACCCAGAGCCAGGCGUGCAGCCUCAGUCAGUGUGACGGCUGCGAAGCCCCGUUUGUUUACUCGGCAUGCGGAGCACCUUGUGAGAAGCAGUGUGCUCUGAUGGGCAGAGAAGAUCUUUGUCUGGGGGUCAGGGAGUGCACACCUGGCUGCUACUGCCCUCAGGGCCUCCUGCAGCAGAACGGCAGCUGUGUUCCUCUGCAGCAGUGUGGCUGCAUGUACCUGUGGCCCCAGGCUUCAGAGGAACCUCCCACACCCACCAUCGUCCCUCAAGGGGCCACGGUCACUAUAGACUGCAGCACCUGCCUGUGCCAUGAUGGAACUUUACAUUGUGACAUGAGAGAGUGUGAAGUGAUCCUCAGUGAGUGGUCCCAGUGGACCCCCUGCUCUCCCUGCGCGCCCCUGGCCUCCCAGCAGCUCGCUCCGUCCCUGGAGGCGCUUGUCAAUGGCACCAACCUGGCGUCCGUCCAGAGACGUUUCCGGGCCUGCCUGGACAUCGAUUUGGGUCUCCCUGUCAAGAGAGAGGAGGAGAGCCGAUGUCCGGGGCCGCUGGUGGAGGACAGGCUCUGUCCAGAUGCAGCCGUCUGCAGAGAUCUGUGCCACUGGAGUGUGUGGAGUGUUUGGACAGCGUGUGCACAGCCGUGCAGCGGCGGAGUCAGGCAGCGCUACAGGCGGCCCCUGGCCUCCCCGGCGGGGCCCCGCUGCAGGAGCCGGCAGAUGCAGAGCCAGAGCUGCAACACUGGACUCUGUCCAGGUGAGCGCUGUGAGGACAGGCAGCGGAUCUACCAGGACAGCUGUGCUAAUCGUUGUCCUCGCAGCUGUGCAGACUUGUGGGAACAUGUGCAGUGUCUGCAAGGAAGCUGUCACUCAGGCUGUCGAUGUCCUGAUGGCCAGUUGCUGCAGGACAGCCGCUGCGUCCCGGUGAGCCAGUGUCGCUGUGGAAUCCCAUCAGGCAAUGGGACUGCGGAGUUCAGCCCUAAAGAGGAGCUUGCCAUUGAAUGUAACACUUGUGUGUGUGAGAACGGCACUCUGGUGUGCACCACGAUUCCCUGUCCAGUUUAUGAACCUUGGGGCCCGUGGAGCUCCUGCUCGGUGUCCUGUGGACCCGGACAAAGAACCAGGACACGGAGCUGCCAGGACACACAGGACGGUCCCCCAUGUGCUGCCACCACCCAGACUGAGAGCUGCAAUCUGCCAUCCUGUCCAGAGGGUUGUUUGUUAAGCGAGUGGUCAUCCUGGAGCGAAUGCAGCAGCACCUGUGGCGGAGGGGUGUCAACGCGGAACAAGACGAUCCUUCAAGAAGCAGAGCCUGGUGGGGCGGCGUGUGUUGGACCACUCAAACAGCAGACUGUCUGUAACACCAACAGCUGCUUACCUGAGUGUCCCAACAGGCAGGUUUACAGCAACUGUUCAGCUUCUUGUCCUUUCACAUGUGAGGACCUGUGGCCACACACCCAGUGUUUACCUGUACCCUGUACCUCCGGCUGUUCUUGUCCUCCUGGACAGGUGUUGUAUGAGGGCUCCUGUGUUCCUCACGCAGACUGUCCCUGUUCGUCACUCUCUUUGCCACCUGAAUACCAAAGCUGGAACACGAGCGGCGAGGGCUUUACGGAGGUUCUGCUGCAGCCUGGAACAGUUAUUCAGCACCGCUGCAACACAUGCGUUUGUCGAAGCGGAGCGUUCAGCUGCACCUCAGAAAGCUGCGAUGUGGCCUGCCAGUGGUCCAGCUGGUCGCCAUGGAGUCCGUGCUCGGCCAGCUGUGGUACCGGCCAGCAAAGCUCCACCAGACGGGUUCUGCAGCCCAGCCUGUACGGCGGAGCCCCGUGUGAUGGACUGAACAUCAGGAGUACGGCCUGCGUAGCUCCUGACUGUGCGUGUCCCAACGGGGAGCGGUGGAGGCGGAGCCGCCCGGAGGAGGAGGAAGCCCCGCUGUGUGAGAGGAGCUGCGGAGACAUUUACUCCGCACCCCCCGCCAGCUGCAGCCGCCCGGCCGGGGGCUGCGUGUGUCUGGAGGGGCUGUACCGAAACCCGGCGGGCGCCUGCGUCAUCCCCGCCCUCUGCCCCUGCCACGACCAGGGCGUCCUGCGAGAGGCGGGAUCAGAGUGGGAAGACGGCUGUCUUUCAUGCAGCUGUGUGAACGGGAGGACGCUGUGCCAGGCGAGGUGUCCUCCACUUUACUGCGAAGAGGGGGAAGUGAAAGUGGAGGAACCAGGCAACUGCUGUCCAGUCUGCAGAAAACAGUUCCCAGGUGAGCCUGGGGCGGAGUGCAGGCGCUACGUCGAGGUUCGGAACAUCACCAAGGGAAACUGUUGGCUUGACAACGUGGAGGUCAGCUUCUGCAGGGGACGCUGUCUGUCCUGGACUGAUGUCAUCAUGGAGGAGCCCCACCUCCACUCAGAGUGUGAGUGCUGCAGCUACAAGCUGGACCUGGUGGAACCGGUCCACUUCCUCAACCUGCAGUGUGCGAGCGGAGAAAGUGAGCAGGUCUUCCUACCAGUCAUUACCAGCUGCGAGUGCACCAGCUGCCACGGAGGCGACGUAUCCAGACGCUGAGCUGAGUUUGUGGCUCAAGUGUGUGUGUGCGUGUGUGGAUGAGUGUGUGUCAGGUAGAGUGGGAACAGUCUGAACCCCACGCCGAGCGAAGCAGCAUUCUGACAGCCAGGUCUGUGAUAAAUGGAUGUUUCCAGGAUGAGCAGAUGGAUGGACAGACGAGUGAAAGCGGCUCUUGAAGGACACACUGCGCCGCGUAGUUUCAGUCGUAGUUUCAAGUUCUUGCUUUGCAGCUUAUUCUGCCUAUACAAUCUCUUUCUACUGAGUGUUUAUAGUUUGAUCCAAGUAUGACCUGUUUACACAUUAAGAGAUGUUUCAUGAGUGCCUUAUGUCUGCCUUCAGUCUUCUUGUUUCCAACUGCUGAGCUUAUCAAUAAAAAAUGUUUAUUCUGGAAGUUA